AUGCCGAACGAUAAUGAAGGAAUUAUUCCACGUCGGUCUGGACGUAAAAUGGCCACCGGUAAAGUUAUCAAUGCGAUUCUCGACUCUUCGAAAGGAAUAAAUCGCUGCUUGGUGAUCGUAAGCUUGAACGACGGGUUCAAGAUUGAAUUUCCUGUACCAACCACACAAGAAAUCCGAGAUCGUUUCUUUUACAAGAGGGCAAAGACUCAACCCGAAAAGCCAGCUCGACCGCCAAAUAAAUUUUUUAUCUUUCGAACCAUGUUUCAAGGGGCCAUCGAUGACCUUAAACUUCAAGUACCUAUAGUUUCCGGACUUGCGAGCGAAGUUUGGAAAAAGUGUAGUCCAGAAGUCGUUGAAUUAUUUACAAAGCUCUCACAAAUUGCGAAGACCGAACAUGGUGUGAUCAAUCCAGGAUACGUUUACAAACCAAACAGAGAUAAGUCUCGUAACAUGAAGGCCAAGAACAACCCUCGUAUCCGAGAAAAGACAUCCCAAGAUGCAAAUAAUUCAUUACAAAGUCCACCAAUUUGUGACAUUUCCCCGGAAUAUUUAUCGACUGCACCCGUAUGGACUGCUCCCCCAAACUAUUUUGCUCCAAACGAACUUGUAAAUAUUAUUCCUUCCAAUAAUUCAUACAUGAUGAACGAAUCAAUCACAACUGAACAAAAUUACCAGACGAUACCAUCUCAAUGUACUUACGCUUCAAUUGAUUUACCAAUUCACCCCAUUACACAUCAAUCUCUUGGAACAAUUCAUGACGCUUGCCGACAAUUCUAUAAAUGUCCCAAGAUUUUGUAUUGUUCCAACAACGAAUUUCAGAUCGACCAAUUCAACGCGUUAGGAUACGAACAAGAUGGGAUGCGGCAUAUAUCAACCCCAGGUCAACCAAUACCUUACUUCUCAACGAUAAGGCAUAUGAACUUUAAUAAUGAAUCGGGUCACCUUAUCUUUGGUUCUCCCGUAAGCGAGAGAAAUGGCGUGGAUUUGUUGCCGGAACAAAUACACAUGACGAAUUCAAUGACACUAAACCCUCACCAUUAUACGAUUUUACAAAACCCUUACGAACAAUCCCCAGCGUCACCAUUUAAGUUUGAAAGCAUUAACUGA